AGAAACGGGAACGCGAAAGCGAACGCAAGCGAGAAUGCGAGAAUGCGCGAAUCGUUGAGCGACGAACGAGAGCGAAAUUGAAUAGAGAAUCGCAUUAGAAAUUAACACGCAAAAAGUAUUUUGGCCAACAAUUAAAUAUGAAAUGAAGGCACAUUGAAAGAAAGCGCAUACAAAUCGGUGUAUACGACUACGGUUGAAUACAGUGGCUAAAAAGCGAGUGCGUGUCAAUUUACCGGGCCAGUGAGAGGCGGACGUUUAAUUGAAAAACGGUCGCGUCGCAGCGGAUUUAAAUACGAGCGUCGCGUGCCGGUUGGCGUCAAAUACUCGUCUAGUGUGUUUCUGGCAGCCAAAGCGACGAGUGACACAGAAGCUCAGAGAAGCCAAGACAACGACAACAAUAAAACGACAACGUAGAAAAACGAACAGGAAAAAAUACGAAAUGAAACAUUUUAAGAAGAAUUAUUAUUGAAGAAGAAAUCGAGCAGACAGCAAAGCGCGCAAACCACAUACACACAAAGAAAAAAGAUAAAAUUAUACAUAGUAUACACACGUACAGAAAAAAUAGCACGCACGGGCACACUUACAUAAACAUAUCCCAUCUUGCCAUUUAGGUUUCAAAGUGUUCUGUAGUUAGCCCUUUGUGCGUGUGACGUAGACGAUGCCAAAUAACCGCAAUCGCAAUCGAAACCGAAAUCGUAACAAGCGCAAUAAAAAUCAAAAUCAAAACAACAACAACAACGGCAACAACAGCACUAGCGGCAAAAACAAACAGCAGCCGGAAGAAGUAGCAGCAGAAGAGGUUGAGGUAGAGACAGAGGCAGCACAGUUAAAGGAAUUUAAACAGGAAGCGGCGAGCGACGAGGCUCAUAAUGCAAAUUCUGGCAACAUUUCAAAUGUGCCGGCAACAACAAGCGACAAAGAUGAUGAUCGUAUUGAUGCUGAGCAGGCUGUGGCAGGCAUAGCAGACGCAGCAGACACCCACGAAAACAUCAACAUCAACAACCCCAGAGAAAAUCAAAACAGCGACCACAACACUAGCAAUAAUAAUCAAGAAGACAGCAGCAACAAUCACGACAGCAGUGCCCCUUUAGAGAGGUCUGAAGAGGGCUCGGCAAGUGCAACCGUUGCUGCCACAAUUGCAGUCACUGCCGAGUCUUUGAAUAGUGCAGUGAACACCGGCAGCGUAAUGGGUGCCAAGAGUUCGAAGAAACAGCAGGACGAGCAACAACCACCAACAGCGAAGGAGCAGGAACAGCCACAGUCACCGGAGCGGCAAUCACUGCAAGCUGGUGGAAGUCCUAAACAAGCCAAGGUCAUAGUGCAUCGCAUUGUGCGCGAACAGGAAGAUGCCGCCUCUGCCGCGGCAGCGCCCGCCUCUUCACCCUCCCAGCAGCGCAGCACAAAGGUGAUCAUACAUCAAAUACGUCUCGAAACGGAUGAGGAGGAGCGCAAACGUAAAGGUAAGCUGCAGCAGCAGCAGCAGCAGCACGAGAAGCCGCACAUUGAAGAGAUACACACUGCACCUGCACACAGCGAGGCAGGCACACUAUCGCCCACUCCCCGUUACCUCGUCGAAUCGCCCAAGAACGUGGCCAGCAGCUCGCAGUUCUCUCGAUUUGCGCGUGACCUUCAAAUCCAGGAACUGAAUGGUGACCUUAGUUCCGGCGAAUUCAAUGUGGAACAGCAGUCGCCAUUGGUCAGUGAAGUAGAGUCGGAAACAGAGACAAGCACCACCCCUACAACCACCACAUCACCUACCAAUGUGCCAACUACUUCGCCCGAGCUGCAACAGUUGCCGAGCAGUCGGGAGGAACAGCGUCUCAAGCGUGCUCAAAAGCGCAAUGCACUUGAAUCGCACUUUCUGCCACAAUUGCUCAGUCCACGCUACUUGGACAGCAUACUGGAGGAGAACAGCGAUGCGGGCAGCGAGUAUGCGUUGAGUCGUUCUGCCAGCAACAACACAAGCAACGAAGAACGUGCCCACGAAGCGCUGGCUAAGCUGGCCAAGGCCAUGGAAACAUUUCCUCGAAGUCAGCUGGACUUUAGUCGGCGACACAAACGCGGAGCGGGUCGUGAGGAACCUGUAGCCCUAAAGUUGGAAACAAAACUGCUGGAACAGCCGGGAGCUGAAGAAGCCUGCAGUCGUCUUGAAAGCACGCUCUCGCCGCAAUCCGAGGAUGCCGAACUAGUAUAUCUGAGCAGCUCCGGCUCGAGCAGCAUCUCCGAUUUAAUGGAACUGGAGCUGGAGCAGGCUGCAGCUUUGGCUGAGCGGACGCUUGUCGAUUUGGAUACUGAUGCCAGUGCGCUGAUCGAAAGACCGGGAGCAUCUAUUGGCGACGAUGACAGCACAACAACCGAGCCGGCUACGUCAUCAAACGACACUGAGACCGAGGUAGAGACGGAAGUGGAGACAGAGAGUCGUGAGAGCACACCUGUUAACCAGCUGCCAUCAGUUGCCAGCUCGCGUUCCUCACUUUAUGCGACGGCGCAGUCGGAGCGAACGACACCCACACCCACAACAUCACCUACGCCCACGCUGCCUGCGCCGCAGCCCACUGCCAAUGAGGUGUCAAAGUUGGAAGUGCCAAGAGAAUCUGAACAAAUUGAUAAUGAGCAAACGCUCUCUGCUUUUGCUGUUUUGGAUGCUGUUGGCAAAAAUCGCAAUGCGUCCGCUAGUUUUGCUUCAAGUGCGGCCACGGACGGUGAAUGUGAAUCCGGUUCAACGGGUUCGCGCGAAAAAUACGUGCGUCGCUCGGAAAUACAAACUACGGAAACUACGUCCACAACAUUCGAAACUAACGCGGAUAUGGACAAGAUGCGCGAAUUGGUCGACUCGCUGCGGCAGAGUGAAGAGGCCGCGGGCGUGGGUAUGCUAGCACCCCCCGUACCUCCACCACCCACACAAUACACAAAUGCACCACCGACAGAUAGUAUUGACAGCCACACUACACCCACACAAUUUUUGCUCAAGCGUCAGGAGUCAUGUGAUUCUCAUUGCUCCGACAGCACACAACACAGUCAAUGCACGGCCAUACAUGUUGCCUCGCCACCACCCACAUUUGCCUCGCCCACACCUGUCUCACCUGCAACGCCAACCGCAACCUCUUUAUCCCCACAACCUGCACAACCAACCUCCUCACAUUGCUAUGACUUUUUGGCGAAGGAGCAGCAACAACAACUAGAGCAGCCUGACACCUUUUCAGAUGCCAGCGGAGACGAUUCUAGUGCCAUCAAGAAACUGCGCUUGCUAUGCACCGAGACGGUGGCUUCCAUGCCCUACGGCGAACAGGUUCUUGAGGAAUUGGCAAACGUCGCGCAGAAUAUUGGCGAGGUAAGAGCCGAGCAGCAGCAGCAGCAGCAAAGUGAAACCUCCGGCAUGCCUUACCCACUGCCCGACUUGCCCCACAUCGGGGAACUGCAGCUAUCGCUGUCCAGUGGUGCCAUUGGUUCAGGCGCAUCGAAGGCACAACCCGCCCAUACGGUUGCCAUUGCGCAGCCGCGUUCCUCCACGCCACCGCCUCCACCUAUUCCAGCACCACCUAAUAACUACGAUGCCUGGCUGGGUCUACCUACCGAUGCUGAUCCCAAGUUGCUCGUUUGUCUCUCUCCCGGUCAGCGAGCGCUAAUCAAUGAGCAAUCGACUCCUGCAGCUGAUCAGCUGCUGGAUGCUCAUCAAAAGUUUGUCGAACGCCGCGGCUAUCACGAACUGAGCGCCGAACAAGUGCGUGCCAUCAAUAGUGAGAAGCUGGAACAAGAACAGCAAAUACUCAAGACUGCGGCUAUCAUGAAGCAAUUACGUAAGAGUCUCACACCAACGCCGCCGCCCGUUCCACCCCCACCAGUGCCCGUGAAAAGCUCCGAGACGGCAGCAAAGGCAAAGCCAAAGAGCUCAGCAGAUACCGGCAGCAGAUCCGUCCAAGUUGAUGACGCAAGAGAUGGCGUGAGCGUAACACCUUUCGCAAAUUCACAGCAGCAACUACAAAAGCGUUUGGACGAAAUUCUACAGCAACCAACACAUUCGAAUGGCAAUGCAAAUGGGAUGACAACAUCGUCGCCAUCAUCACAUGAAAAUAACUCAAGGCGACCAGCUGACAAACACGAUGCCACAGCCGCUGCUGCCGGUCAACGAGAGCCACCAGCACUGCCCUUGCGAACGUCCACCGCCACGCAACAGCAGAGCCACAGUCAGAGUCACAGCCAGACAUCCACGUCGAGCACCAAAAGUCAUAGCUACAUGUCCAGCAGCAAGAACAGUAGCGGCGAUGCCAAGUUCCCAUCCAGCUCUCAGCCCAGUGCCCAGAUGCAGAGUAUGGAGAGCGAACUUGCGCGCCUGUUUCCCAGCAUCGCCCAACAGGGAGACAUUUUUGCUGGCGAACGUAAGCGCUUCUCCAAUAUUGAGCCAAGUAAUCAACAGCCUUGGAGCUCACAGCCCAAGCGAUACUCCAAUAUCGAGACAAGUUCCUACGAAUCCAAGAAGCGCACUGAAAAUGGACAAGUGGUUUACGAUUACAGCAACUCCAGCCAUGAAAAAAAGGAGGAGGGCGAAAAACCGCCAAUAACAACUUCUACUGCUGCCGUUAACAGCGAACAUCCAAAGGAGGUGCAUAUACCCGUGACUAGAGAUGUGGAUGAGGUGGACUGCGCACCGCCCGUGCCGCCACCGCCAUCCAUGGUAAGCAACGGUGGCCAAGAGCAAAUUAUGUCAGCAUUAAAAUUAAAUGGAACGAACACACCAAGAAGCACUUUCAUUGAUCAGCCAGCAACCACAAAGAGCGUCGACGAAAAUAGAAACCAUGAGAGCCGCAACGAGAGCGAAAGCGUCCGACUGUCAUCCACAUUCAAAAAAGACAUUAACAACACUUAUGAGGAAUUUAGGCAACGUGCCAAGGCGGCCGCCGAGGCGUUGGGCAUGCCAGCAGAGGACACAACAACAACAGCGCCAGCAACAGAAAAUGCUACAACAUCUAAAUCUGCAACAUCAACAACGAACGCUAAGCCCAACAGUCAAGGUAAUUACUUCGAUCAUGAAAACCUCUUCAAGGAUUUCGAUGCGCUCUCUCAACAGCUGCACACCGAGCUAGAAACAGGGCGUGCCAAGCGGGAGCAACGUGAUAAAUCCAGCUCCCUGUACGAUCUCAGCCGGUUGACAUGCAGUGGGAAGCAACAACUAGAACAGCUCAAGCAGAGGCGUCAUGAACACAUGAUGGAACUGGAGCGCGAAAUAGAGCGUUCGGCACGGGCCCGUCAGGAGCGCAUGUCCGUGCCUCGCAACUUUGAGUCCCCUGGACCACGCACAUACGAAAUUCCUGUGCAAGUGGAGGCGAACUAUGAUGUAAAGUCCCCGCCACCACCACCGCCUCCGCCCCAAUCUUCUCUCAAUGAGAACGGCCCGCGAUAUAGGCGUGCCGAGUCCAUGUGCAAUCUUACCGACGCACGUCCACAUAGCUCAGUGGGCCACUAUGGUUAUAACUAUGCGCAACCACAACAGGAUGAUUGGGGCCGCUAUGCUAAUGACUUGGGCUACUCGGAGAACAUUGCCCGACCGUUUGCCCGGGAAGUGGAGAUCUGUUAUCAACGGCAGAACCCAAGAGGGACGCACAGCAUUCGUGCUCCUCGUCUUUCGGUCUCCACGAAUGAUUUGUCAACAUCCAGUCAUCAAAGCUAUGACACAUUUAAUGCCUAUGGAGGUCGGCGCACGCAUGCUCCGAUGCUUAGCCAGGCUCCGCAACAGCAACGGCCGCACUAUGCCAGCUGCUACUCCAUGAUCGAGCGCAACCCUAAUCCUACGUACAUAAGUACCACAUCGCGCCGUGGUGUCUCGCCGGCGCCCCAUCCGCAGCCACCACCGCGGCCGAUGGUGGCGCCACCUGAAUAUGAUCGCCAACGUCGUUCCUCUCUGCCCCGGGAGCUUCAUGAACAGCAGUUGAAGUACAUACAAUCCAAGGAGCAAGAACUGAAAAUGGAGUUUGAGCGAUUGGAGAACGAACGUCGUAGGCUGCUGGAAGAAAUACAAAGGGCGCCUCAAAUACCACCUCCACAGCGUCGCGAAAGCUACCGGCCAGCGCCCAAGCUACCCACACUCACCGAAGAUGAGGUGUUCCGUCAGCAAAUGGCCGAAGAAUGGCUGAACAAGGUAGCCGAGCGUGAGGAGCGACGACUGCACAAAAUCAUCAAGAUAUCGAAAAUACACGAUAAUGAGCAAGAACACACCGCGGGUGCCAAUGCAAUCAGCGAUGAGUUCCUUGAUCGUGUCAAGCAGCGUAGGACCAAGUUGUCGAUGCCGGCGGACAGUGACUGGGAGAGUGGCGCGGAAUCGCAGCCGUAUGCGCAGGCGCAGGCCAGCGAAUCAGACGUCGAGGUGCCACCAGUGCGCAUUAUCGAGGGCAAGUCGGAGGCAAAUCUGCGCCAGCUGCCGCGUCAUCUGCGCGAGUUUGCCAAAUUCUCGAACCAUGAGACGCAGCAAAUCGAGGGUGGACAGCGUGAGCUGCACGAGGAGGAAGAACGCCGAGAAGAGGCCACCGAUAACUCAUUAAGCAGUGCCACUAAGAAGUCAUCCGUUGUCAAGACGUACAAGGUGUCCCGACUGCCGCCAUCCGUGGCAUUAACAACAAUUAGCAAGCAAGAGCAGCAGCCACUAGAAGAGGGAACAAAGGAGUCGCAGCGCAGGAGCACCGCAAGCGUCAAACUGCCGCGCCACAAGCAGCCCCAACAACAACAACAGCAACAGCCACAGCAGACGGCUCAUCUGCCGCCGACUGUGAAGCUGCGCUCCAAUAACACUCUAUCAUCACGCAAGCAGACACGCUUCCUGCUCAACGCUCAGCAACUACAGAAGCAGCGCCAGCGUCGCAGUUGGUCCGAAAGCGAUCUGCUCAAGGAGAUCGACAAUGAACUGCAGCUGGCCAAGGGCUUCCUCUUUGCCAAUGUCUACAAAGUCAAGCACGAGUAUAUGAGCGAGCCCGAGACGGACAGCGAUCGUCCGCGCAAAAUGGCACAGUUAGGUCGUCGGCAAUACGAGGGCAUCGGUCCGGUGACCAACGAUGGAAUGCCCAUAAUACUCAGAUCGGAGGUGCAGGAACCGCAUCAGCAUGAAUGGUACAAGCGACUAUACCAGACCAUACAUAAGCAGAAAAAUGGCGAUGAUUUCGUGAUACGCUACAAGUGUCCAAGAGCGCGUCCCACGUACAAGGCCAGUGGUUAUGUGUCAGAGCCGGAACCCAAUUACGACUCCGACUACUCAACAGUGAGGUACCGCACAUAUAAUCCGCAUCGCAUGCAAUCCGUAUCCUCGGCCGUCAACGUGCGCAAUCUCCAUCAGGACGAGAAUUUGUAUGGUACUAUGCCCAAUCCAAUUAAAUCUACGCAGAACUCAUAUAAAAAUCAACCAGGUCGCAUAGAGAACUACACCACAGGUCACUCAUCUGUGUCCGAGAAGGAAAAGAAGGAAAAUUUGGAGCAAUCAAAGCUGUCGCCACUGUACACUGAAGGAAACCUCUCCAGAGCGCUGGCCAAAGAAUCUGGCUAUACUAGCGAUUCCAAUCUAGUCUUUCGCAAGAAGGAGCUUCCACAGAGCAGCCCGCUCAGUCCAGUAGAGCAAAAGCAGGCCUACAAGAGCCUGCAGGCUGGUGGGGAACCACCUUUACUUGGCUUCCGUAAGCCAGCGCCCGAGAAACCCAAAGAAUUUGUGGAAGAAUUUGAAUUCAUACAGAUUACGCCGACGCUAACGAAAAUACGCGUCAGCACCAAAGAGAUUGAAUCGGACACGGAGCAAGAAGCUGUGAUUGCGCCCAAGCCACCGACUCCACCGCCGCCGCCCUCAACCACAACCAACAUGUUCUCGAAUUUCUCGAAAAAUUUACCCUCUUUCAUUCCGUUGAGUAAUAAAAAGCAGCAGCAACAGGAAACAUUGCCGCCGCCGUUGCCGCCAAAUCGAAAGUCGUCAUGUAACAAGACAACUGUGCGAGUCGAAAAAGUGACCAAGGUUCCGCCGAGCUCCCUCGGGAGUCGGCACGAGCAAUGCUUCCAACCGCCGGAUAGUUUGCCGUUGGGCGCCAACAAAUAUGGCACCAUAACAUUACGCAAGCAUGGCUCCGGAUCCUCGCGUCGAGAGCCCAUCUGCCGAUCCAAGUCUGCGGGUGCCGUGUCUACGCUUCUGACCACUCUCACUGCCACGAAUGAGACGCGCAAUAAAGAUGGCUAUUUGACACGUGUUCAGCAGCAGCAUCAUGCACGGCUGCGCUCCGUGAGUCCUACACGUCGACAGGCACGACUAAUGGCUCUCCGGCAGAGUAGUCGCAGUCCGGUGGCUUUUGGCCGCAGCAUCUCCAAGGAACGCACCUUUGCCGAGGAAAAGAAACGGUUGGAAAAUACAUUGCCACCAAGUCGCACCAACUUUGAGGCGAGCACGAACAUUUUGCGCGAUCCCUCGCUAAAAUCUCCGCAGGAUGUCAAAGCGGCAGUGCGUUCUUAUGCCACGUGCAAUGCGCAUGCGCGUAGUAAAUCGUUACCACGAUUGCGUCAGAGCUCGCGAUCCGUUGGCAAUACCACGGUGAGCACCACCACUCGCCAUACUAUGUGCUUCCCACAAAUUCGUCCACAGACCUUGCUGGACUGCACCCGUUCACUAAAAAAGGCACUGCCCAAAACGAAUUGCGUCAGAAACAGCACGACUGUGAAGACAACCGUCCAAAAGUCGGCCUCCAAUGACAGUUUGCCGCGCAGCAAUUCUACCUUUUCGAUCGACUCUGUAGUCAAGCACGAAAUAGUACCAAUUGCACCACCCAAGACCUAUGUGAGCAAGUCCAAGACGAGUGGAAAGCCAAUUAGGGCUGCCACUUCUACACCAUUGCAGUGCAGUAAGAGUGACACACAUAUUGCUCGCAAGCGCGCAGCUCUCAAAGCAAAUACCAAUAUCAGACCCAAGAAACCCCAACCGAUGCAGAAGUCGCCUACAAAGGCUGCUUAUAACUCGCUGCCACAACAGGAAUCGUACAGCGAGUCAGUGCGCGAGAAAACAAAUUUCUGGAACGAUUACAACGCCAAACAGUCGCAAUCGCUGACGAUCACCCAGCAUGGUCAGCCCCAACACCUCCAGAAGCGGCAUGUGCCGGAAGAGUCAUUCGAGUACAAGUACUGUUCAUUACAUAAUCCACGCAGUCUAAGUCCGGUGCGUCAUGAGAUUGCAGUUCAAUACACUGAUUCACUAUAUGAUGAAUACGAAGGUGAGCCGGAGCCUAGUUGUAUUGAGGAUCUGGUGUGGAAAUAUGAGAGCCAGAGCAAGCCCGAUGGCCAGAGCAAGUCCGAUGGCACAAAACAUUCAACCGUUACGGACAUAGCACGCCCGCAAUCACCACAGCCAGACUAUGAGGCGUCCAGAUCGGGUGGAAGUCGUAAGUUCUCUCCCACCCGGGAGGUGCGUGUUCCACCUGGAUCUCGAAAUGUGCGCUCGCCUUCACGUCGUCGCAUUGACAGUCUGCGCUCGAGUGUGAAGCAAGAUCAAGCCAACAAAAUAAUUCGCGCCAGCAGCCUUAGCAGUGCUGACGAUCGGUCGAAACGCGGACUCUAUUUAUGCGGCGACUUGGCGCAUAGUGCCACUUCAUUGACCUAUCUGGAACGGCAUAGUCCCACUUGUCGUUAUCGCCACAACUCUGAGCGAUUCACCGAUCUCAAUCGAUUCUACAGUACGCUGGAGCGAGUUGGCCAACUAGAACGGGCAACCUCGGUAACCAACUUUCAUCCAAUACGCAAGGAUGCCGAGCUGCUGGACUUUGAUGAAUGGCGCAAGGUGCGUCUGCAUGAGAGGGCGGAGAAGGAGCUGCACUAUCUGGUGGGCAAGCUGAAACACGAUCAACAGGAAAAGGACUUGCACUUUCGUUCCAAGGAUGUGGCGGACAUUAAGUGGCGCCAAGAGGCCGACUUUGCUCUGCAUGCCAAGGAGAAGUCCGUGGAGGACUUGCGUGAAAACUUUGAGCAGAUGCAACUGCUGAAGGAUCACGAAAGUAUGAUUCAGCGCCAGCAAUCCCGUCCCUACUGGAGACGUAAUACCGUCGCCGAUUUGACCACCAGUAUGGAACAGAAAAUCGAGUGUAAUGCCUCAACCACUGACACAGAUCACCACUUGGGUAGUGAAUUGGUCAGCACUCUAUCCAAAGAUCAGAUUAAGAAAAUCACUCAACAGUUGAAUGAGAUCUAUGCCGGCAAUCGCAAGCCCGGCAAGCAUUCCGAAGUUCCCGAGCAGUAUGUGGUUACCGUAGAGCACAAUUCGAGGCCCAGCAGCCAUGCCAACACUCUCAAGGUUCGCUGCAAUUCCAGCAUCUCGAAGGAGGAACUCUUAGGACCAGUGUUACGAAGACGCGAGGCUGCCGGGCUCAGCCAGGACAAUCAAACUCUUCCACGAGCCACUCGAAGCAGCUCGCCAGUGAUGGUAGCACGCGAGACACGUGGCGCCAUUGCAGCCAAAAACGCCGAGCUUACACUAGCCAAGCCCCCGGACGUUCCACCUCGACCAAAACCGGAGGCAGUGAAGCCGGCAGCAUUAGCUAAGGCCUCGAACAUAAAACCAGAGAUCUCCCUGUCUCGGGAACCAAAGGAAAAUAUUACCCAAAAGAUUCAGUAUUUUGAGGAUCGGCAAUUUGAGGAGCCUCCCAAGACAAUUUAUCAUGCCCGAGAAGACUCUUCGCCAGACGAGGCCGAGGUUAUGCGUCUUAUAGAUGAAAAUAUGGAAAAGCGGGCACGCCAAAAUGUCGUUCAGCAUAGACACACAGAAUUAAGCAAUUCGUUGACCGAUCUGAGUGGGGUCUUUGGCGAGCGUGCAGCAGCCGCCAACACACGAGUAAAUUUUCAUUUGCAUACGCCCCCUCUGCGACCACCCGACGAACAAACGCUAAUUAGCUUCGAUCUAGAUCAAACAGUCACACCCGAUGGUAGCAUUGAGUUUUACGAUUCAUACUACCGAUCACGCAGUCUCUCGCCCCAAUCGCAGGCUUCCGGUUCUUCCUCUUAUCUACAGCGUGUCUACACCGGGGAAGUGCAAAAGAUGAAGCAGAAAUUCGAGAGCAUAAGCCAACAACAACAGUCCAAUGAACGGCGUGAUUUUUUUGGGCUUAGUUCGCUGAGGAAGGCGCGCAGCGAUCCCGAAUUCAACGUGAGCUUGGAAACGGAAUCAAAAGACGCCUUGCGCACUGCAACGGAAGCGGUGCUGGAGGAGAAAAUGUCCAGGCCGGGCACUGAGGACGCCCCGGUUUCGUGGCUGACGCACAAAUUUGAAUUAUGCAGCGGCGCAUCCUCACCGACUCGUAGCCGUCGGCGGCAAAGGGGCGCCAUUUCACCCAGCGCUUUGCGAAAUCGACUUAUGCCACACAUUGAUAUAAUAAGCAAGACCGCAGCACUCAAACGGGAGCUAAAGCGCAGGCACAGUCCGACACGCAGCCACAGCAGCAACAGUGGAGUUGGACAGCCAGAGGGCGGGAGGGCCGGCAUUGUAGAACGCAUUCGCAGUCGCUAUGAAUCGCCCGAACCGCAGGCCAUACGCUAUUUAUCCACUUCCCAUCCGGAUUUGCGGGACGUACAGGCGCACCUCAGUGCCGAUUGGGUGGCACAUAAACACCCAAGACCACAUCCUGUAGACAAGGUGCCACGCAAGCCCCUUCGCCAACAAAGGGCCAGUUCCACAUCGCCGCCCCGUCCUCCCAAAUCGCAGAGACAUCAAACCAGCUCGAGUCUAACCAGCUCGUUGCGCCCACACUAUGACGACAUUUUCGCUAAUCAAAAAUUCGAUCCGAAAAUGCAUCAGCCGAAGGCACGCUACGUGCCCGAUGGCGCCGAACAAACGACAGCCAAAACCAACUACCACAGCAGCAGCAACAAGGUGUGGAAACGGCCGCCAACAAAUAUCGUGAAUGGUGGUUCUGGUGGUGGUGGAACUUUUGAGCGUUACAAGAAGACCAUGGCGGUAACAUUUAAAGAAUCUCCAAAUCGAUAUUAUGACACAGACGUGAACAUACACUUCAAGACACCCAUAAGGCAUGAGUACAAGCAGUCGCUGUCGGAGGAGGAAUUAGCCAGGAAUCAAGCGGAGCACAUGCAGAAACUUUAUCAGGAGGAGCGACGACGCAAGUACUUACAGGAGCUGCAGGACAUGAAUUCGAGACGCCAUACGGACAACUUUACGCCAUCGCAGAAAUCGCCAAUAGCAUUGAACCGCUAUGAUGAUUUCCCCACAGAUGUGACACUCAAGUCCCUGGUGGGACCCAAGACGGUGGCGCGGGCGCUCUACAAUUUCCAGGGUCAAAGCUCAAAGGAGCUGUCAUUCCGCAAGGGCGACACCAUCUAUAUAAGACGACAGAUUGAUGCCAACUGGUAUGAGGGUGAGCACAAUGCGAUGAUUGGUCUGCUGCCGGUUAGCUACGUAGAAAUAGUCAGCCGUGAUGGGGCCCGGACCCCUGCCAAGCGGCCAUCAGAGGGUCAGGCACGUGCCAAAUAUAAUUUCCAAGCCCAAUCCGGUAUUGAACUUUCGCUAAACAAAGGCGAGCUGGUCACGCUGACACGCCGCGUCGACGGCAAUUGGUUCGAGGGAAAGAUAGCCAACCGCAAGGGCAUAUUUCCAGUGUCGUAUGUGGAGAUUCUCACUGACAUUGGUGCCGAGGAUAUCGCGGCAAAGACCACCACUGUCAUCAGCAGCCACAGUACGACAAACCUACGUCCCACGCUGGACGUGCUACGCACAAAUAUCAAUAACGAGUUCAACACCUUGACGCAAAAUGGUGCACAGCCGCCGAAUGGCAUACUUAAGGAGACGAAACACCUCCAUAAGACCGAUGCCCUGCAUGUGGACACCAGCACCGAGCCAUUGGCCUAUCGGGCCCUGUACAAGUACCGGCCACAGAACUCCGACGAACUGGAGCUGCUCGAGGGCGACUUGGUCCAUGUGCUGGAGAAAUGUGACGAUGGCUGGUUUGUGGGAACUUCACAGCGCACCGGCUGCUUCGGCACAUUCCCCGGCAACUACGUGGAACGUGCCUGAACCGUUACGAUAUUUAAUGCAAGAAAGCAAAAACUAUUAUUGUUCAUUUCUAAUAUUACAGAUUUCGUAGUCUAAUAUGUUUUUAACAGCAGUCGCCGAAAAGAAAGUAAUUAUUUAUUUGAUUUUUAAUUUAUGUUGUUGCUUCUUGAAUUGCCAAUGAGCGUUUUUCUUAAUUUAAAUGUAAUACUAUUUAUUUAUUUUUAAAAGAGCAUUACUUCUAUAAAUGUUGAAAUUGUGUUAUUUAUACAAAAAAAAAGAAUAUUAACAAAUAGUUUCCCCCACAAUCACACACAGCCUCGAACCAAAAAAAAAAAAAAAAACAAAAGAGAAAAAACAAUAUCAAAAACAAACCCAUAACUAAAUUAAGUGCGUGCUUGGUAUAUUUUUUCGUUUACUAAUUUUAACUAGUCACAGCUACUUUCCAAAAACAGAAACACCUUAAAAUGCAUAUAGCGAGUUAAUCUUAUUAAGAAUUUGGGCGUAGAUAAGUCAAAUGACGCGCCAUUUCGCAAAGUUGCUGUAACUGUUGAGUUGAACACGAGUGCCUUAAAAUUGAAAUUCUAUUGACUAAAUCGAAGUGCCCUUUGUUGUGUCGACAAACUAAUCAUUAAUAAUUUUUAAAAUGAAUUACUAUGUAAUAAUAACGAAGAAAUCUAAACAAGAAA